CUAAGACUGACCUUCGUAGGGCGGCCUUAUGGAAUUUUGGCUUCAUCAUGAGUUGCCUUGUCCUUGAUAGGAAAUCUGGUGGUUUCUCGUUCGAAAAUUGUUACAGGAAUAAAGUCAUCGAACAAAAAGGCUUUAAAUUGCCCAAAGCAGUAAAGACUGGAACAACAAUAUGCGGAGUCGUUUUCAAGAAUGGAAUAGUUCUAGGUGCAGAUACACGGGCAACAGAAGGUAGCGUAGUUGCUGAGAAAAACUGCUCAAAAAUUCAUCGCAUUGCAGAAAAUAUAUAUUGCUGUGGAGCUGGAACUGCAGCCGACACUCAAAUGGUUACACUGAUGAUUUCUUCGCAAGUCGAGCUUCACCGUUUGAAUACGGGCAGGACUCCUCGUGUUAUCUCUCCACUUCGUCUCCUUAAACGCUAUCUUUAUCAGUAUCAGGGUUAUGUUGGUGCUGCACUCGUACUAGGUGGUGUGGACUCAACAGGCCCUCAUUUGUAUAGUAUUGCACCGCAUGGGUCAACGGAUAAAUUACCAUAUAUCACAAUGGGUAGUGGGAGUCUUGCGUGUAUGUCUGUACUUGAAUCAAGAUUUAAAUUUGACAUGGAACAAGAUGAAGCCGUAAAAUUAGUACGUGAUGGAAUUGCAGCUGGGAUAUUCAAUGAUAUGGGGUCUGGUAGUAAUGUUGAUAUAUGUAUUAUUACUAAAGAUGGGACAACCUAUAUACGAUCAUAUGAUGAAGCUAAUGUCAAAGGCAAGAGAGCAGAAAAGUAUAAUCCUCCGGAAGGUACCACUUCUGUUCUCCACAAAAGUGUUCAUCAUGUUGAGUUCGAUGUGGUCACAACACGUGUUGUUCGAGAUAUACCUGCUCAUAGUGUUGAGACAAUGGAUCUUUCUUAAAUGUAUUUUAAAUUUCGUCAAAUGAAUUGUGAUUCCUACGUUGUUUGCUUUAUCGGUUGUUCGAAUAAAUUCACCGUAAAGACUUUCCUUUUUGUUGUCGAAAUGUUUUAACACAGUACAAUAUCCUUAUUCUGUUUAUUUUGAAUUACUAAUAUGCAAUCAACACCAUUCAAAUUCAUUUUAUAGUAAAGUCAUGGAAUAAAAGUACAAAUAUGUAACAAUGGUCUAGUAUUUAUUAAGUAAACGUCAAUACUUCCACUAGUUCUAGUACUCCUUAUAGAUUAGUUAUCAUUAAUUUUACAGCUGAUAGCGGUUUAGUUUUCUGGUCAGUUUACUGACUCGCCCUUCAUUGAUUCAGAAUAUCGGUAAUUCAGGACAUAGUAACGGUUGUUUAUUAUUAUUAGUAGUAUUAGUAUUAUUGUCAACUAGUUUUGAUACGUUAUUCGUUUUCCACCGUCAGAUACUCAUUAACAUGGAACUCGACACCCAUUGGGUUAUAUAAGCCAUGGAAUGUUGAUUUCUCCAACUUUAAGCAGCUUGAUUUAAA